AUGGGUUCUCCCGGUACGCGGCUCGACCGGCUCGUCUCGCUGCUGGACAUUGGGUCCUCCCAGUCGAUCCGGUCGACAGCCGCAGUGCAGCUAGGGCAGAUUGCGGCGCUGCGUGUGCGUGGUGCAAGCACUGCCGAUACCAAGACAGAUGGCGACGAGGCGCCGGCCCCGGUGGCGGGCGGCGCGGCGCUCGCCACGACCUACCGUGGCGUCGAGGGCGAGUGGGGCGAAGUGACGUCGCUCCUGGCGCGCGUCGUGCCGCUGCUCCUCUCCAAGUCGUGGGAAACACGCAACGCGGCCGCACAGGCCUUGUACCAUAUCUGCCUCGCCGCGGGCGUCUGGGACCCAGACGAGACAGAGGGAGCCGCUGCCGACGCCGAGCCGCUGCCGCCGACGUUGACGUUUGCCGACUUUUCGCUACAGACGCUGCUCACCGCCGGCACCAAGCUCCUGGCGUCGGCAGGGAAGGAGUACGACGUCCCGGAACUCCUCUCUCGCGAGCGCCUGCAGCACGCCAAGAAGGACCUCCUCGGCAAGCUCGGCCUCGGGUUUGGUGGAGAAGAUAUCGACGUCGGCGUCGACAUGGACGCCGAGCUCCAGCUGAAGCAGGAAAAGGGCAAGACCGAAGUCAAGGAGCCCCCGACGCCGGAACCCCCGGCAGAGGAGGAGCGCACGCUUAGCGCGCGCGAGCGCAACCAGCUCAAACGCAAGCGAAAGAACGAGGCAAAGCUGAGCAGCAAUGCACGCGGCACCGCCGCGCCGCCGAUCGCUCCACAGGAGAAGGAAAAGCGAAUCAAGCUCGAGGGUGAAGGGUCCAAGCCGGCCCUGCCGAUGGGCAGCAUCACCACAAGCGCUGCCACCUCGCUGCAGGCGCAGGCGGGCGACUGGCCUUUUCAGCCGCUCGCCGAGCUGCUCAGCAUGGAGCUCUUUUCGCCGACGUGGGAGUCGCGGCAUGGCGCCGCGCUCGGCCUUCGCGAGCUCUUCCGCACCCAGGGCACCGGCGGCGGGAAACGCCUCGGCGUGGCGCGCGCCACCAACGAGGCGCGGCACGUACAGUGGGCCGAAGAUCUCGCGGUGCGCCUGCUGUGCGUCUUUGCGCUCGACCGCCUGGGCGACUUUGUCUUUGACCAGGUCGUUGCGCCGGUGCGCGAGACGGCGUCGCAGACGCUGGCGCAGCUCCUGCCUCAUAUGAGCGGCGACCUGGUACGCCAGACGCACCAGGUCCUCCUCGAAAUGAUCCGGCAGGACGCGAUCAAGAAGGACGACGUCCCGCGCGACGGGCGGCGCUCGGACUAUGUGUGGGAAGUGCGCCAUGCAGGGCUGCUUGGCCUCAAGUACGAGGUCGCGGUUCGCCACGACCUCCUGCGGGGCGACGCCGACAAGCUCGGCAGCGAUAUGCUCACCGAUGUGGUCGACGUAGCGAUGCUUGGCCUGCGUGACGACGACGACGACGUGCGCGCGGUCGCUGCGGCGACGCUCUUGCCGGUGACGCAGGAGCUCGUCGAGCAGCACCUCGACCACGUGCCUGCCUUGCUCGACCAGCUCUGGGCGUGCAUCAGCGACAUGAAGGACGACCUUUCGAGCAGCACCGGCGGCGUGAUGGACCUCCUUGCGUCGCUCUUUGGCUACGCACGCGUAAUGGAGCUGAUGCAGGCGCGCACGGGCGACCAGGCGCUCUCUGCCUUGAUUCCCCGACUCUAUAUCUUUUUCCGGCACACCAUCACCAGCGUCCGCUUGUCGGUGCUCAACUGCAUGCAGGCCUUUUUGCAGGCGGACGCUAUGGACCAUGCAUGGGUUGACGAAGUGCUCGUGCGCCUCCUCUUCCAAAACAUGAUUGUCGAGGAGCGCGUGCCGAUUCGCGAGGCGACCGGCCGCGUCUGGGAGCAGGUGCUUGCGGUGCUCGCAGCUCGCCCUGCGCGCUUUGCCGAGUGCGUCUUGCCUUACAUCCCGACGCUCUUCAAGAUCGUCAUGAUGCCGAUCGGCGAGCCGAUUGACUACAAGCUCUUUUACGUCCCGGCACGCACGACGGCCGGCAUGCGCAUCGAGCACGAUAUCGACAAGGGCAUCCUCUCGCAGGACCUGACGCUUGUCGGGAUCGACACGGUGAUCCGCGGCCGCCUCGGCGCCGCGACGGCGCUCGGCGAGGUGCUGGCGCGCCUUGCGCCGGCCGAGCACGAGGCGUGUGCGUUGCUGCAGACCUAUCUCGCGUCGACGUCCGCGCUGCAAAAGUGCCUGGCAUCGGUCGUGACGCAGCGCUGGGCAGAGCUCGUCGAGCACCCCGCGCAGUUCCUCGAGGAACACGCGGACGUCGCCCAAGUCCACGCGACGCUCCUUGCGCUGCUGGACGCGACGAUGCCGACGACGUAUGCGGAGAUGACCGUGAUGCUGCAGCGCAUGCAGCACGACUGCCAGACGCUGCUCAAGAUAUUUGUGCGCGACGGGAAGCUCGCCAAGGCCAAGGUGCCCGAGCUGCCCGCAGGGCCGUUUACCAUUGACGACGCGCGGAACAUUGCCGAGACGACCUAUGCGGAGCUCGAGGGUAUGCUCGGUGCCAAGGCGCGCGAGACAUCCAAGAACGCGCUUCAGGACCAGCGCCGCAAGAUCCUUACCGGCGUCGAGCGCUACCAGACCACCAAAGAGACCGAGGACAUCCUCGUGCUCUCGGCGGUGGCGACCGCAGUGAUUGCUUGGGAAGUUCUGCCUGCCAAGCUCAACCCAGUGAUUCGCAGCAUCAUGAACUCGGUCAAGUUUGAAGAGAACAUCGACCUCCAAGCGCGCUCGGCGGCGGCCGUCGCCAACUUCCUUGCGCUCUGCAGCCGCCCCGAGGCGCGUGCGAACCCCAGUGCAAAGAUUAUCAAGAAUCUGUGCGCAUUCGUGUGCCAGGACACGUCGAACACGGCCGUCUUUAGCACGGCCAAAGGGCAGAACGAGCGGAUCUACACGCUCGCCACGCUCGACGCCACGCGCAAGCCGCCGGCCAAGGGCAAGUACGCGGACCUCACUCCGGCCGAGGACCCGGCGCUGCAGUGCGGCCGUCUGAUCCGCCGCGGCGCCAACGCGGCGCUGCAAAACAUCUGCACCAAGUUUGGCGCGGCACUCUGGACAGAUGUACCUGCGCUGUGGGACUGCUCCGCGCGUCCGCUGCUCGAUACGUUUGCCGAUGGCACGCAGCCGGACCUCGGUGCGAGCGACGAGCUGGGACAAGGCGUGCUGGACGCCUGCUCGAUCCUCGAGGCGGUCGUGCCGCACGUCGACGCGUCGCUGGCAAACGACCUUGCGCCGCUCCUCGACACGCUCGUGCGCGUCAGCCAGAGCCCCAUUGCGGUGGUGCGUGCGGCAGGCGCGCGGUGCUACAGUGUCCUGACCCGCUGCCUCACCGACCUGAGCAUGCACGCGCUGGUCGAGCAGAUCGUACCGCUCCUGGGCGAUGCUGCGCACCUCGUGCACCGCCAGGGUGCGAUCGAGGUGAUUUCACACACGGUGCGUGCGUUGGACGACCGUCUGCUGCCCUAUGUCAUCUUCCUGGUGGUCCCUGUGCUAGGCCGUAUGAGCGACAGCGACGAGGACGUGCGACUGCUGGCGACGAAUACCUUUGCGGAGCUCGUCAAGCUCGUUCCGCUGAUCAACGGGCUGCCGGAUCCCCCCGGCUUCCCCCCGGCACUGCUGGAGCGGCGGCAGGCGGAGCAGGAGUUCCUCACUCAGCUGCUGGAUGGCAGCAAGGUGCAGCCCUACCAGAUUCCGGUCAAGAUGAACGCCGAGCUGCGCAAGUACCAGCUGGAAGGUGUGAGCUGGAUGGCGUUCCUUGCCAAAUACCAGCUGCACGGCAUUCUCUGCGACGAUAUGGGUCUCGGCAAGACACUGCAGUCCAUUACGCUGCUCUCGUGCAAGCACUUUGAGCGUGACGAGCGCUGGAAGGCGACGCAGUCGCCCGACUCGGCGCCGAUUCCGUCGCUGAUUGUGUGCCCUCCUACGCUCACUGGGCAUUGGGUGCACGAGAUCAAGCAGUACUCGCCGAACCUGCGCCCGAUGCUGUAUGCGGGCCAUCCCGCCGAGCGUGCGCGCCUGCAAAAAGAGAUUCCUGGCCACGAUGCGGUGAUCAUGUCGUACGAUGUGGUGCGCAAUGACAUUGCGGCGCUUGCGCCGCUCUCGUGGCACUAUUGCAUCCUCGACGAGGGCCAUGUGAUCUGCAGUGCAAAGACCAAGACGACCAAAGCCGUGAAGCAGAUCCGCGCGCAGCACCGCAUGAUUCUCUCGGGCACCCCCAUCCAGAACAAUGUGCUGGAGCUCUGGAGUCUAUUCGACUUUUUGAUGCCGGGCUUCCUCGGGACCGAUCAUGCGUUCCACGAGCGCUUUGCCAAGCCUGUGCUUGCAUGCCGCAACGGCAAGCCGAGUGCGUCCGAGCAGGAAGCCGCGACGCUUGCGCUUGAGGCGCUGCACAAGCAGAUUGUGCCCUUCUUGCUGCGCCGCCUGAAGGAAGAUGUGCUGGACGAUCUCCCCCCCAAGAUCAUCCAGGACGUCGAGUGCGAUCUGGGCGAUAUCCAGAAAGAGCUGUACGACGACUUUGUCAAGUCGCAGGCGCGUCAGACGGUCGAGGAUGCGCUCGCCGAGCCCGAGGAGGACAGCAGCGAGUCGACGCCGAAGCAGCACGUGUUCCAGACGCUGCAGUACCUGCGCAAGCUCGCGAACCACCCCUCGCUGGUGCUGAAUCCCGCGAACCCCGCGCAGCAAAAGAUUCUGCAGACGGUCGAGAAGCAGCGCGGCACGCUGCAAGGCCUUGCGAAUGCGCCCAAGCUCCAAGCCCUGCGCCAGCUCCUGCUGGACUGUGGCAUUGGGCAAGAGCAGAACCCCGCCGGCGACGCGAUGCUUGCCGCGGCGUGCACCGAGGCAGCUGCCGUGUCGCAGCACCGCGUGCUCAUCUUUUGCCAGAUGAAGCAGAUGCUGGACGUGAUUGAAAAGGACCUCUUGCAGAGUCUUAUGCCGUCGGUGACCUACCUGCGUCUGGACGGCAGCGUGGGCACCGAGAAGCGCCACGGCAUUGUGCAGACCUUUAACGCAGACCCCAGUAUCGACGUGCUGCUCCUCACGACGUCGGUCGGCGGUCUGGGCUUGACGCUCACCGGUGCCGACACGGUGAUUUUUGUGGAGCACGACUGGAACCCGAUGAAGGAUCUGCAGGCGAUGGACCGUGCACACCGCCUGGGCCAGAAGAAGGUGGUGAAUGUCUACCGUCUGAUUACACGCAACACGCUCGAGGCGAAGAUCAUGGGCUUGCAGCAGUUCAAGAUGAACGUCGCAAACUCCGUCGUUACGCAGCAAAACAAGGGCAUGGAGAUGAUGGGCACCGACCAGAUUCUCGACCUGUUCGACUCCGACUCGGCGCCUCCGCCGCCCAGUGCCAAUACCCCCCCCCGCGGAAAGCCGAAAGGGAUCAGCCAAAAGGCGCUCUUGGCCAGCCUCGAGCAGAUGCCCGAUGCGGAGGAAAACGAGUAUGCAUCGCUAUCGAAUUGGCAGCCCUAG